CAACAACACACACACUCACACACACCCCGCUGUCAACAACACACACACUCACACACACCCCGCUGUCAACAACACACACACUCACACACACCCCGCUGUCAACAACACACACACUCACACCACGGUUAACGGGACUGGAACGAGCACCAGCACCGGGACGAGUACCACACCCGCAGACUGGCAGGAAGUACAGAGGGAGUUCCCUCCGUCCCACAACAGUCCCCGGUCAGGAGGGGUGGAGGAGUGGGUGAGGGACAGAACCCCAGGCCAAUGUCACAACAGUGUGAGGAGAAAUGGCACCGCCCCCCACCUCCGGCCGACCAACCAGGACCCUUCGUGCCUCCUGACUUCGCCCAACAUGCCCCGGAACCCCGAGGGGGGUGGGGCUGACCCGGUUGGACACGCCCCCCAGGUCAACGGCUGCAGUAAUAACAGACCUUCAACAGACGGGAAGAAAAGCAACGGACUAGAGGUGGAGCUGAACAAGGGACCCUACGGACUGGGCAUGGGACUCAUAGACGGACUGCACACGCCUCUGAAUGCUCCAGGGAUCUAUAUCAGAACUCUGAUACCAGACGGUCCAGCGGAGUCUGACGGGAGGCUGAGGAUUGGAGACCGGAUACUAGCGGUUAACGGGACCAGCCUGAUAGGAGCAGACUACCAGAGUGCUGUGGAUCUGAUUCGUCUAGGCGGAGGACGUCUGCGUUUCCUGGUGGCCAAGUCAGACCUGGAGGUCUCCGAGAAGAUCAGCGCUUCGUCCUGCUGACUGGAGGGAACGGCGGGAACCUCCACGGGAACCGCUGCCCCCACAGCUUCACCAGGAGAGACGAGGAAGAGAGGAGAUGGAUUCCAGGAAGAUGGACAGAUCCUGGAACGAGGAGAUGGAUUCCAGGAAGAUGGACAGAUCCUGGAACGAGGAGAUACUCUCCUGGGAGAGAGACGGAGCUUUCCUUCAGUCCCUAGUAUCACAUGCACAGACACACACACAUCGGCCUCCUCCUCAGAACUCAGACGGUGAUGGUUGGAGGAAAAAAACAAACUGAAAACCCACAAAUGAAUCGAUCAAAAGCACCAAAACACUCUGGGAAGACUUUCGCGACACGAGGAGUCAACAGACACCUUAAAAAAACAGAGACAUUCUAACGUUCUUUACUGCGCUGUUACCACGGUAACACACGCCCUGCCUGGAUUGGCGGAGGUACCGAGUCAACACCCCCCCCACACACACAACCCCCCUGACUCCCAUUGUCUCUGAGUAUGACUGCCAAGGCAUUCCGACCAAUCGCCUGCGAAUAGUCAGUGAUUUGAAGCUAAGUCUAACCAAUCAGCGUUAAACCCCUUCCAGCCGGGGUUAUUUUAAAGCACAGUGGAGUUAGUUAGGGGUCCGAUGCUCCUCCCCUGAAAUCAACAAUACAAUGCAUUCAAUCAAACAUGUUGUGGGGAAUAGACUCAGGAGUUAGUUAGGGGUCCGAUGCUCCUCCCCUGAAGUCAACAAUACAAUGCAUUCAAUCAAACAUGUUGUGGGGAAUAGACUCAGGAGUUAGUUAGGGGUCCGAUGCUCCUCCCCUGAAGUCAACAAUACAAUGCAUUCAAUCAAACAUGUUGUGGGGAAUAGACUCAGAAGCAGGUUCAUGUGUGUGUGAACACGUCUUUACUCAUAUUAUAACCAAGAGAUUGUAUCUUUCUGAUCUGUUCUUAAACCUGGGGCCACCGUUAAAGAAUCUGCUGACCGAACCAUUGAGAUUCAAUGGGGAAAUUGUCCCAAAAUUAUGAUGUUGGCCUCUCAUUGACUGUAUAUACAUGGUAUGUACUAACUGCUUGGUUAUAUGUACAUAUCAAUGUGCCCUUCCACACUCUGUGUGGAGGACUGUUGGAGUGACAUGCUCUAUUGAAGAAUGUUCUGGUGUUCUAUUGAAGAAUGUUCUGGUGUUCUAUUGAAGAAUGUUCUGAUGUUCUAUUGAAGAAUAUUGUGACGUUCUAUUGUUCUGAAAGAAUGUCAUCAUGAACCCUGUUUAUAGCUGAUGCUAACCUGUGUCCUGGUCUCGUCAACAUUUCUAGACCAUUAGAAGAUUAGUGAUCAGCACUUUCUGACCGCUUCCACAGGUUGUUCUGAGGGCAGCUCCGACCUCUAGGGAACUGGCAGAACAAAGCCAUUGGUUGGAUGAAAAUUCAGUGACAUGUCAGUGGGCGGGGUUUACAGGCGAGAGUCAACUACGGAAAGGCCUUGGGUGGUAGGUUGCCACAAGUUCUCAUUUACAACUGUGACCUGGCCAAGAUAAAGCAAAGCAGUGCAACACAAACAACAACAACACAGUUACACAUGGAGUAAACAAACGUGCAGUCAAUAACACAAUAGAAAA